AAGCAUUUAAACGUUGCAAACUGUUCAUUAUAUUUUAUAGUUUAUAUAAACUAAUUGUUAUUAUUGAAUAUACAAUUGGUAUGAUUUAUCUAACAUUAAUAAACGUUAUUUUUUACUUCUACAAAAGUGCAUCCACACAUGAGUAACAGAGAAGGCGUGUCUCGUUCGUUCUCUAUCGUGAACUAUUGCUGCCUUCAUGUGCUCUUGGAAUUAUGGUAAAUACGAGUUUCCUAGGUAAAAAUUGAACGUGAACAACCUCACAUUUACGAUAGCACGUGAAGGCAGCAUAUAUCAGUUUUUCAUAGGUCAGUGGCAAGAUCUUUUGAAAUCCUGUGUCAAUUAAACCCAUUAUGAUCAAAACCGUCUAAAAAUACAAUAAGUCGCCAAUGUUUUCAUGUUUAAUUGAUCAAACGUGAUCUACAAAUCAUUAAAUAUUAAAAAUAAAUUAUAAAUACCUAAACAUUGUAUUCUUUUAAUAAUUUGUAGUACCAGUUUUGGUUUGUUUUGUCCAAACACAUGGAACAACUCCUGGUGAAGCAACUGAGAUCCAUGUGACACACUAUUAUAAAGAUGGCGUUUAUAAAAGAAGAGAGUGAAGACUUGAGAAUUGAAGAAGUAUUCAGUCUGAAACAAGAAGAUACUGAGGAUCAAAAAGAACUGAUGGCGCUGAAAGAAGAGAGUCAAGACCAAAAUGAAACAGAAGAGGAGAAUCAGGAUUUCACAAAUGGAGUAGCAUCUUUUAAUUCCUCACAGACUGAGAAGACAACAACUAGAAGCCAUUUCACCUGCUUUCAGUGUGGAAAGAGUUUUGAUCGACAAGGAGAUCUUGCAGUCCACAUGAGAACUCACACUGGAGAGAAGCCUUACACCUGCAAACAAUGUGGAAUAAGUUUCACUAAAAAAGGAAGCCUUAAAAUCCACAUGCGAAUUCACACUGGAGAAAAGCUUUACACCUGCCAACUGUGUGGAAGCGGUUUCAUUCAAAAAGGAAGCCUUAAAAGCCACAUGAGAAUUCACACUGGAGAGAAGCCUUACACGUGCCAACAGUGUGGACAGAGUUUUACACACAAGCCAACUCUUAAUGCCCACAUGAGAAUUCACACUGGAGAGAAGCCCUACACCUGCAAACAAUGUGGAAUAAGUUUCAACCGAAAAGGAAACCUUACCGUUCACAUGAGAAUUCACACUGGAGAGAGCCUAUACACCUGUCAAGAGUGUGGAAAAAGUUUCAUUCAAAAAGGAAGCCUUAAAAGCCACAUGAGAAUUCACACUGGAGAGAAGCCUUACACCUGCCAUCAAUGUGGAAAGAGUUUUGCACAUAAGCCAACCCUUAAUGCCCACAUGAGAAUUCACACCGGAGAGAAGCUGUUCAAAUGUGAUCAAUGUGAAAAUAGUUUCAGAUGUAAAAUAUCCCUUAACAACCACAUGAGGAGUCACACAAGAGGGAACUGUUUUGUAUGUCAUCAGUGUGGAAGGAGUUUCAGAGACACAAAACGCCUUAAGAAUCAUGUAAAAAUUCACAUCAUUGAGAAGCAUUUCAUGUGCCAUCACUGUGGAAGGACUUGCAGAAACAAAGCAAACCUUGAGGUUCACAUGAGAGUUCACACUGGAGAGAUGCCUUUCACUUGCCCUCAGUGUGAGAAGAGUUACACACACAAAGCAAACCUUGAGGCUCACAUGAGAGUUCACACUGGAGAGAAGCCUUUCACCUGCCCUCAGUGUGGAAAGAGUUUCACACUUAAAGGAAACCUUGAGGUUCAUAAGAGGCUUCACACUGGAGAGAAGUCUUUCCCAUGUCUUCAUUGUAAGAAGACUUUCACAAAACAAAGAGACCUAAAAUGUCAUUUGAGAACUCAUUCCGUUCAGCGUGGCAAGAGGUUUACAAAAUAGAGCAGUUUCAAUUCGCACACUCAUUCUGGAGGAAGACCAUUUAAUUUGAUCAGUGUAAAACAAAACAAAAACUAUUUUGACAUCACACUUAUAGCAAGUCAUGCAGAUGUGAGACCCCAUGUGUGUUCUAUGUAAAACACAUUUCAUUUUAAAUGGCUUGACAAUUUAAAAUUGCACCAGAAAAUAUGCAUCUUUGAUUUUGUAGAGUUGUAACUCUUCCAUCUUGCUAUCAAAUUAAGAUAAUGGAUAUAAAUAAUGGAUUUUAUGUUACAGUCUGAAGCUAAAUGCUAUAACUGUGGAGCUAUAUUAGUUUCAGAAUUAAUGUAUUAAUAUAAUAUGAUUAACAAAUGCAUAAGCUAAUUCACAUUCACCAAAAAGCUCAUGUACAGAGCAAAAUCCUCAGAGUUACAGUCUACAUAAUGUUCCACUUUAGAGUGUUAAAAUAACACUGAAGUAGUGUUUAAGGUAAUGAGAUCAUUGAUUAAUCGAGUCAUGUUUGAGCAUUAGUGAUGAAUGCCUGCUGUUAACAAGUAAAAUCACUGAAGGAAAGAUGAAGAACAAAAAGAGAAGAGAUAAUCAGAAGCUACAACUGAUUUACAGCUACACAGCCUUAGAUGAAAAAUAAAAUAACACAAAGAUCUCAGUAGAAUUUAGAUGAAUUUAAGUUAUUUGUAAAUGAAAGCAAUUUCUGUACAUUGUUUAUUUUUCUUAUGUAUCCUGAAAUGUUUCUUAUGUAUAUUGAAAUGUGAAAUAUGUGUAAAAUAAAAGGAAUUGAUUAUUUUUUAAUGACAGUUAUAAUUUGGAUAUAAAAACAAUGCAAAUUUGUAAAUGAAAAUAAAUUAUUUUCACGAUAAAAAACAAACAAAAUUGUGAAAAAAAUGAGUUUAUUAUUUUUCAGUAUUUUUGAAAUGUCUUUGGAAUUCACUUGCGUGUGGUACACUUGCAGGAAGAUGGCCCUGAACCUGGUCUUCAUCAUCCCAACAGCACGCUCGAUAAUGGAGCCUGCCCUGGAAUGAUGGACGUUAAAGCACUGGGCUCCCACACCUUGUACUGGCCUCUUGUAGGGAGUGAGAGGGGAAGUGGGUGUCGGAGGCACGGGUACCCUCUGUCUGCUAGGAUAAAGUGCCCUGGGGUAGGGUACACUGACCUCAUGUACAGUGGUCUGUGGCAGAGCACUUGUGCAUCAUGCACUGACCCGGGCCAGCACAUGUAGGCGUCAAUGAAGCGGCCCUGAUAGUCACAAACUGCCUGCAGGAUUAUGGAUGGGAACAGUUUCUUGUUCCUGUAGCACUGACCAUCAGGGCCGCUUGGUGGCUUGAUAAGGACAUGGCAGCCAUCGAUUGCUCUUGCCAGCCCUGCAAACCCACAGCAAACUGCCUCCAGCUCCUGUGGGGUAUUGGGGAGGUGAAUUACUUGGUGGUGAAUAACCACCACCAUAUCAGACAUUCUCAGACUCAGUGGACGUGGCAUGUCAAACACACUGGAGACCACUCUGUAUGAUGUACCACACACCAGGCAGAAAAGAAAUGCCAGGUUCUCGAUUUGUGGCACCCCAUCUGUGUCACCGUUCAUUUUCCAACAGAUCCAGCAGCACUGCCAGGGCCUUCCUGGAAAUUAUUUUCAGCUGAAAAUAAGGCUGUGUGUCACUGUCAUUAAAAAACCUGUCCAGCACUGGGACGUUCAGGUUUAUCCUGCAGUACAGGGGUCUGGACUGAUUUAGAGAAAGAAGAAACAAUGCAUCAUAUUAUAAAAGACCAUAAUUAUUUAGUGAUGCUGUCCUGUGUGAAACAAAAACCCCUCAGUACUUCACAUUUGUACAUAAAUACUUAACCAACGGUGGACUUUACAGAAGUACAUUCGUUAUUUUGAAAAUAAAACUA